AUUCGGUCGUGCACUUCCCUGUUGGGGGUGGACAUACGUCAUUACAACCAAUCUCAGUCAGAUGUACAAAGGACGGGAUGAAUUGACUCCCUCUUGUGUGCCACCCAGUGAGGAUGAGUGGGAAGAGCCUCCUGCUGAAGGUUAUCCUACUCGGGGAUGGAGGAGUCGGAAAGUCGUCACUGAUGAACCGCUAUGUCACCGACCGCUUCGAUUCGCAGUCAUUUCACACCAUCGGUGUUGAGUUCCUGAACAGGGACCUGGAAGUGGAUGGACGCCUCGUUACCCUUCAGAUCUGGGACACCGCCGGCCAGGAACGUUUCAAGUCCCUGCGUACGCCUUUCUACCGAGGCGCCGACUGCUGCCUGCUUACGUUUGCUGUGAACGACUUGCAGAGCUUUCAGAACCUCGGCGGCUGGAAAAAGGAGUUUAUGUAUUACUCUGAUGUCAAAGAGCCCGAGCGGUUCCCUUUUGUGGUGCUGGGCAAUAAGGUGGACAUGGAGCAGAGGGAAGUGGGCGAGGACGAAGCACGGGCCUGGUGCGAGGAGAACGGAUGUUGCCCUUACUUUGAAACCAGCGCUAAGGACGACACAAACGUCACAGCUGCGUUCGAGGCGGCUGUCAGGGAGGUUCUGGCUGCUGAGGAUCACAUUGACCACUCGGUGUUGAGUGGAACUAUUGAUCUCCAUGGCAACCGGAAAAUAUCUCGUGGGUCCUGCUGCUGACGGGUCAGCUACCAGAAACCUGAUGGCCAGUGAAAUAUUGUUUAUGGUACAUGUGGAGCAGAUAGGAAUUGCUCAAAUAUAAUGUGGAUAAGAUAUAGCUGACACCGGAUUUUUUAUUGAUGCUGAUAAGAUGCAAUCUGAGAGCAGUUUCAAGGGUGCGGUCAGCGUCGAAAGGGCUGAAUUAUUGCCCCAGCUGAGGUAGAGGAAGUCUGAAACACGCUUCCUUUCAGUAUGGUUGCACAUUUCACCUCUUUUUGCAAAUGUGCUCAUUUAAAUGCUUCCGCAGCAAUCAAAACAAAUACUAAUUAGAAUUAUUAUUAUUAUUGAGUAGACAAACAGAUAGCAAGCACACUGUUGUAGUUGAUUUUUCUAUGGUAUACAUUAGCAGACAAAUGCUAUAGCAAGAGACCUAAAGUAUUUACUGUUUACGAGCUGACUACAUUUGUUUUCCAACAAAUACAAGGUACGGAGCAAUACAAAUUGAUCAUUGCUCAAAUGUGAGAUUAUUUUUAUUGACCUCUGUAUAAAAAGGGAACUGUAAGCUUUGUUUUUAUUUUUAUAACCCCACAAGAGUGAAACCACAGGUGGUAACACAUUCUAUUUCAUUUUCCAAGUCACUCAUGUACUUUUUAAUUAGUCUGCCUUUUCUACUAUUUAUAAACUGCUGUUUGUUUUCUGUCAGGCACCCCUUCAUUUCAUUGCGGGUUAUUUUUAUUUUCUAUAUCAGGGAGUGAUGAGUUUGCUUCCCUGGUGUGUAGAGGAGCUAAUGAUUAUUGCACUGAACACUAAUUUUCCUAAUCAGGGCAUGUUUUUACUGCUGUCUUUUUGGCUUUAAUAAUAAUAAUAGUACAGUGCUUUUUUUUUUUUUUUUAGCUUUGCUCGCUUGUAAAGUCUUCUCGGCUUUGCUGGUAGUGUUUAUUAUAUACGCACACGCAGGCGUCUACUGAAUGUGAGCACAAAGAUAAAACUUUGUGCAUGGACUCCAUUUAUACAGUAAGAAAUGGAACCACACUUAAUUAUUCAGAGAACUGUACGAUCAUUUCAGCUUAAGGGUACUUUAGUUUCCUUUAAAUGUGCUAUCGGCACACACAUGACUUGACACUCGGUACGAGUUAAGUAUGAAUUCUCAACAUAUCGGUAUAUAUUGAUUGCAGCUUCAAUGAUUGUGUUGUCUUCAAUCGUAUAUUGUUUAUUAAUUAUGUCGUCACACUAUGUUCCCUAAUGGUGCCGGCUUUUGUCUCGUAAAGGAAUUGUGUGCGUCAGAGAGAGUGAAAGUUUGUGAAAUUUUGUCCAGAAGUAUCUGAACUAACUUUUUUGACUUUUAAUGUGUUUGCCUUCUGCCAAGUUUAGACAUUCAGCUUAGCUUUAAAAAGGAUCACAUCAAUGUGCCAUUAAGCAUUCAGGAAUUAUAGGCCUUCGCUAAUUAAUAAAGGAUCGAAAAACACAUAUUUAAUCAAAUUGAAAAUAUUUUUAGCUCAAAUUAAGCAUUUUCAAAUAUAAAAAUGUUUAAGUGAACUAAACUCGGACAUUGUCCAAAUACUUCUGGACUUAGCUGUAUGUAUACAGUAGUACAUGUGCAGACUUGCUGACCAAUUACAUAAGCUUCACUGUGAACCUCAACCAAACCUAGUCAGGUACUGCGUAAUUUUGUUCAAUGCAGUAGAUUAUUCACAUCAUUGACCUUAACUGAUGGUACCGUGUAUUUUUCUUUUUAACAAAAACCGCAACGACUAUUUGUCAGUGUUAAUUCUUUUGUCCUAACUAUUUCAGUUGAAAUAAUGUAGCCUAUCAGUGUUUACCUGAGGUAUUUAUUACAUGUGCUAUAUUUUCAUGCCAAUGUUCUCUCAUGUUGCUGUAAUAUUCAUGAAUGUAAAAACCUAAAUUUAGGCCCUUCCACAGUAAUGGCUGAGAUAAAUGAUCAACGGAACGUAUUUUAUAAUAACGGCCAAGAUGACACUUGGCAUCUGUUUUUGUUCAGUUCAAGCAGUGAAUUAGCUUUAAAGUGUGUGAAAGUUGGAAAGUCGUCCCAACUUUUGUUUUCAUGAUCUCACUUCUUCCCUUUCUAAACCUUUUUGCACUAAAUUUGAUAAGACUGGUUGACGGUGCUUGGCUGCAAAAUAAAAUGAACCAA